AUGUCCCGGGCCGCGGCCUUCGGUUCGCCCCAGGUGUGCACCGGCAACGGCGACGUGGCCUUGCCCUAUGGAGACGUGCACUACUUCGGCCUGGGUCUGAGCGUGAUGAUCUUCUUGGUCUUCAUCCAGGCGGUGGGUUCUCCCUUCAUGAAGAACUGCUCCGUUGCCUUGGCGCUCUUCUUCGGCUUCUUCGUGGCGGGUGUCUCCUCCUACACCGCAGAGGAUGGCACCUCUCUGCCGUACGUGAACGGCGACAAGAUCGAUCAAGCCGGCGUCUUCACCUUCCUCUGGACCACCACCUUCAACAUCGGCUUCUACCCUCCAGCUUUCAUCCCUCUGCUGCUGGGCUUCGUGAUCACGGCGGUAGAGACGGUCGGUGACAUUCAGGCCUCGUGCGAUGUCAGUGGCCUGCCCAUCGAGGGCCCAGAUGCCGACUCCCGUAUCCAGGGCGGCCUGCUUGCCGACGGCGUGAACA